GGUGAGCGCGCUGAGUCGCGUGUGGGAGCCGCCAUGUCUUGGAUCUUCGGUUUGAACAAGGGGAGUCAGCAAUCAGGCUCCGGUGACACAGGAUCCUCACUACCGCCCGUGCCUCCAGCUUUACCCCCUGCCGGCGGCGGAGGAGGAGGAGGAAACGAUGGCUCUGACCGCGACCGGCACAAAGACAAAUGGACCAACUUCGACCCGACCGGCCUGGAACGCGCAGCCAAAGCGGCCCGGGAUCUGGACUCAUCCCGUCACGCCAAGGAUGCGCUGGAUCUCUCUCGGUUACAGGAGCAAACCCUCCAACUGGAGCAUCAAAGCCGCAUCAAGGAAUAUGAAGCUGCUGUGGAACAACUAAAAAGUGAUCAAAUCAAAGUGCAGGGAGAAGAGAAGCGGAAAACACUUGCCGAAGAAACGAGGCAACACCAGGCACGAGCUCAGUAUCAGGACAAACUGGCAAGACAACGCUAUGAUGACCAACUCCGCCAGCAGCAAUUAUUGAAUGAGGACAAUUUGAGGAAACAAGAGGAAUCAGUUCAGAAACAGGAAUCUAUGCGAAGAGCCACCAUUGAACAUGAGAUGGAGCUCCGACACAAGAAUGAGAUGCUACGAAUUGAGGCUGAAGCUAAGGCCCGUGCAAAGGUUGAGCGUGAGAAUGCUGAUCUGGUUAGAGAACAAAUCCGGUUGAAAGCUGCAGAGCAUCGUCAGACUGUCCUUGAUUCCAUUAAGACAGCUGGUGCAGUGUUCGGAGAAGGAUUCCGUGCCUUUGUUUCCGACUGGGACAAAGUGACAGCUACAGUGGCUGGUCUCACACUACUGGCUGUGGGUGUUUACUCUGCCAAGAAUGCUACAGGAGUCGCUGGACGAUACAUUGAGGCUCGACUGGGUAAACCAUCCCUGGUUCGUGACACCUCCCGCAUCACGUUAGUGGAAGCACUGAAGCACCCAAUCAAAGUUGGUAAACGUGUGAUGAGCAAGCCACAGGAUGCGCUGGAAGGAGUGGUGUUGAGUCCCAAAUUGGAGGAACGUGUCAGAGAUAUUGCCAUAGCAACCCGAAACACCAAAAGCAACAAAGGACUAUACCGAAAUAUCCUAAUGUAUGGGCCUCCGGGUACAGGGAAAACCCUGUUUGCUAAGAAACUAGCUGCACAUUCCGGUAUGGAUUAUGCUAUUAUGACAGGUGGUGAUGUGGCUCCUAUGGGUCGUGAGGGUGUCACAGCCAUGCACAAAGUCUUUGACUGGGCAUCCACCAGCAGGAGAGGGCUUUUGCUGUUUGUGGACGAGGCGGACGCAUUCCUUCGAAAGAGAGCAACAGAAAAAAUUAGCGAAGACCUGAGAGCAACGUUGAAUGCAUUCCUGUACCGGACAGGGGAGCAGAGUAACAAGUUUAUGCUGGUGUUGGCUAGCAAUCAACCAGAGCAGUUUGACUGGGCCAUCAAUGAUCGUAUUGAUGAAAUUGUUAACUUCGAUCUGCCAGGACCGGAAGAGAGGGAGCGACUGGUCAGGCUAUAUUUUGACAAAUUUGUCCUGAAACCAGCCACAGAGGGGAAACAGCGCCUGAAAGUGGCACAGUUUGACUAUGGCAAGAAAUGCUCUGAGCUUGCUAGAGUGACUGAAGGGAUGUCGGGCAGAGAGAUUUCCAAACUUGGAGUAGCCUGGCAGGCUGCAGCGUAUGCCUCUGAAGAUGGUGUUCUGACUGAGGCAAUGAUCGAUUCCAGGGUCACCGAUGCGAUUCGGCAACACAAGCAGAAAAUGGAAUGGCUGAAGAAUGAGGGCAGGGAGAAGACUAAAGAUGUAGAGCAUCUUGUGCCAACCUUUCCAGAAGGCACACUGGUCUGAGUAUCAAUCAGAACAACGACUGUCCCCUGCAACUGAGCUAAGAACCCUGGAAUUGAACUGACCUGCACCAACGUAAAAACAUGCUUGAAUAUGCACUCUGCACUCUUAAGGGGUAUUCGUCAAUGACUGUCCAGUGAUAUGAACAGCUUUAUACAAGAGUUAAUCCAGACAGCAGUCAGUUGAUGCUCUGUUGGACCUCCAGCUUGCACUCAGCAGAUUGUCUGUCUGUACAUUUUGUAACUGGUAGAAAGCAGCUUGUUAAUGAGAGGAGAUGUGAAGUGGCAUUUCUGUCAGUCUCUGUCUGUCACAUCAGCUGUAGCAUACGUGCCCUGUCAUUAACAGGGUAUUCACUGUUUAGCCUGACCUGGGAAGAGCAUGUGAUGGCGAACUCUGUGUGCAAUCAAGUAUCCAUGUGGAGGAAAUGUUUUGCGUUAUUGUGGUGUGUUUUGGUUCUGGGCUUCUGUCAGCACUGGCCGUGAUCUGUAAUCUACAGUUGGAUUCAUCAUGUUUGAGACCGAAUCCCUGAUUGUCCACCUACCUCAAAUAUAUUUCUGGAAAUGAACAUUUUCUUUCAUCUUUCAAUAGCAAUACCUACAGAUUCGCUGCCAGGUUACAGUUGUGGUAAAAGUUAAUUAUUGGUUCACAGCUCAGAGGAUCACUGAACUGAGUUUUACUGUGAGAAAUUGAAGCUGCCAUUUAACAGUCACUGAACUUUUCAAAUAAAGAGGAGUGAGGGCUAUCUAGAAAGUCCCAGCUCCUCCUGCAUUGUUAAGUAUAAUUCCAUACAGUUGUACCAUGUUAAUGUCAUCUGUAUAGAAAUAAAUUAGGCUGAUGGCUGAGCCCUUUA